AUGGCUAGCGAUGCACGUAAACUGCGCAAAGUGACGCGCGCCUGUGAUGCCUGUAAAGUGAAGAAAAAGGCGUGUACAGGUACAUUGCCUUGUGACCCUUGUGAACAACGGCAGCUGUCUUGCACGUACGACGCAGCCUACACAAGAGGCGUCGCAGUGAGUCCAAUUUCUCUCGGCCACCGGAGGGAACGGCCAACAAGCUCGAGUGGAGGCAGCAAUCAAUACCGAACUCUUGACAGAUCUCCAGCGCCUACCUUUGAGCAAAUUGUGCCAGUGACCCCUGUCGACCCGCCAAAUCAACUAGAAUCGACUAAUAUUGCCUCUCAAUACUUGGGCCCAACUUCGGCGCAUUCAUUUCUUGGACGGGUAGUUCAAGACCUGCCUGCAACGCCCUCAAAGCUAUUGGUUGAGCAACACAGUGAAGGUACAGCAUCAACUGUGUCGAUCUUCUCCCAUGGCGACCGGAUAGUCCCCAAUAUUGGCCUAGCCGAAUUCAAAUGGCCUGAUCGGCGAACCGCUGACAUUUUGGUCCGGCGAUAUUUCGAAUUUGCAGCACCGACUUAUCGGGUCCUUCACCGGCCGACGGUCGAGGUGCUGAUCCAUGAUCUAUUUGAAGGCGGUACAUUUGCACGAGAAAGCUCACUAGACACUGCUUCUCUGGCAAUUCUGCUCCUGAUAUUUUGUACUGCAACAAUGUUUCAGCCAGACUCAGAGGGGCACAUGACAGAUGCUGACGAAUCAGGCUGGCAAAUAAGCGAGCUGUAUUAUGCAAAGGCAGAUUCCCUGCUGUCGCAAGAGACGGGGGCGCCAGGUCUGGACUCUGUUCAAGCUCGCUUUCUGAUGGUGCUGUAUCUUCUAAGCUCGUCGCGGGCACACAAAGCAUGGUUCGCAUUCGGGACGACAGUUCAGUUGAUGAUGGCAUUGGGUUUCCACAAUAAGCGGCCACGGCUUGGGGUUGAAGAAGAGGACUUGAUACGAAAGGAAUGCCGGCGUCGCCUCCUCUGGUGCUCAUACACUCUGGACAAAUACCUGAGCGUAAUUUUAGGUCGGCCCCGCCUUUGGCAAGAUGAGGAUUUAGACGAAGAGCUUCCCACUCGCAUUAAUGAUCAAGAUCUGACCCGGCACGAAAAGAGAAUCUCCAACCGGGAUUGUCUAAUGGACGCCCCUGUGUUUCAUACCAUGCUGGCUCGCAUUCUUACACAGGCUGCCAAAGAACCAUAUAUGGUCACGGGCGUUUCAACCAAAGAGCAGAUUGAUAUCAUUCGAGACUUGUGCGGGAGGAUCGCUGAGUGGCAUGCCGAGUUGCCGGUAUUCCUGUCGGGAGUUGUCCAUCCAGACAGCUUGAUGCCUGGGAUGCGACGCCAACUCACGGUUUUACAGCUGGCGCGGUAUCACGCUUUGGCAUUUAUCACCCGGCCUCUGCUGCUCCGGAACUAUGCACAUAUCUGGCCCGAAUGCGAGGCAAGUUUCCAAUACUAUCUCAGCACAUGUUUGACGGCAGCACGAGACGCGAUUGAGUUGAUUCUCACCUUUGCUCAGGAGAAGCAGCUCUUUUCAUCGUUUUGGUACUCUCAAUAUAUUGCUUUCAACGCAUUAUCCAUCAUUUACCUCUACCUCAUCCAAGUCCAACGAGGCCGGAUCUCGCCUGUCAAUAUUCGCUUUGACCAGAGCAUGAAUGUCCUCUUCGCCUCAUCGCCGUUGGACGAAUCCACGCUCUACAGAUUAUACGAGAGAGCGCAGGCCCACCUUGCCGAUGCCACUGCUCGGAAUGCACCACCGUGGAGAUACAGCGUUAUACUCCAGGGUUUGCGUCGAGCGCUGACAAGGUCGCAACCUUCAGCUUUACGCGAUCCCCAUAUCAAUGCCGAUAAUGGGACCAACCAACAGAGCAUGACGGCCGGUGUAUUUUCCCCUUCCACCGCAUAUCAUCGCGAAGUACUUGGUCUUGGACAAAUGGAGGAGAAUAGAAUGGCCACGCAAGCGAUUUUCACAAGACCAGGCGAAGAAGGAGCAGGCAAUAUGGCUGGGCUCGACAAUAAUGCUCCGCCCUCUUUACUUGAUCCGCAUACUGAAUUUUUGCUGGACAACCUUGCUACAAACGAGGGUCUAGCCCUUGAUUUCUGGCCACAGUAUGAUAGCCUGCCUAUUUGGUAA